GGGCAUCGCCAAAGGGAACAUCCGUAGCUUCGUCACUUGCUUGCGACUCCUUGUUCUUGCACCCGUUCGCUCACUCUCGUCCCUUGCGGCUGUCUUUGCGCUUUCGCGAUUUCUUUGUGCUCUGUUUGGCGUCGUGCUCUUUUCCCCAGCGCCUUUUAGUUGCGCCCGGUGAUUGCAGACCAAGCUUCGUGGGCCAAUUCCAAUCUAACUCCCCCCCAAAAGCGGCACUCCUCGGAUCCGAGCUCCAUAGACGAUGCCUCCCAAGAUUGAGCAGAAGGAAAUUGAGACAUACUGGAAUAUCUUUUCAGACAGGACAGGCGGCGGACAGUUCCUUACUGGCGAACAGGCUGCGCCCGUGCUCAAGAACAGUGGCCUUCGCGAUGACCAGCUAGAAAAAGUGUGGGAUUUGGCGGACGUGGAUAACGAUGGUAACCUGGACUUUGAGGAGUUUUGCGUCGCUAUGCGGCUCAUCUUUGAUAUUCUAAACGGAGAAUAUGCCGACGUACCAAAGACGCUCCCGGACUGGAUGAUCCCGGAAUCGAAAGCUCAUCUGGUGCAAGCAACCAAAGCCAUCACGGGGAAGCAGCCACAAUUUGAGCAAGUCGAAGACGAGGAUGACACUCCCGGCCUGAAGGAUGGGUUCGAGUGGUACAUGAAGCCAGAGGACAAGGCCAAGUACGAGCAGAUUUACCAAGAGAGUCGGGAUAUGCGAGGAGAAGUAGCAUUCGCAUCCCUUGAGGAUCUUUACGAGUCUUUAGACGUCCCCGAUACAGACAUUCGAUCUGCUUGGAACCUGAUCAACCCCUCUGCUUCAUCAAGCAUCAACAAGGACGCUUGUCUUGCGUUCCUCCACAUUCUCAACAAUCGACACGACGGAUACCGCAUUCCUCGCACAGUACCUGCCUCACUACGAUCAAGCUUUGAGCGCAACCAGAUCGACUACCAGGUUGACAACCAAAAGACGGGAGUCUCGUCACGGUGGGCAACAAAGGCAGAUGAUUCUACAGCGACGGGUCGGAAGGCCAAGUUCGGCGACCAGUACCUGACAAGACUCGGACGCAGCGGCUUCAAGACAGCAGGCACCGACUUCUCGACGGAGAAGACGGAGGACUGGGAGGAAGUGAGACUCAAGCGCCAGCUGCAAGACUUGGAAGAGAAGAUGCGAAAGGUAGAAGAGAUUGCAGAGAGACGCAAGGGCGGGAAGCGCGAUUCCAAGCCGGCGCUCGUCAAGAGGGAGCUGGACCAGCUUCUGGACUAUAAGCGACGAGAGCUGAGAGACCUGGAAGAGGGCAAGGGCAAGAGCGCCGUGGGUGGAAACCUGAAGAGCAUAUCGGAUGAUCUAGAGACGGUGCGCGAGCAGGUGGAUGGUCUGGAAGCCCACUUGCGGUCUCGAGAGCAAAUCCUGGAGCAGCUGCAGAGUGAGAUUGAAGAUGAGAAGAGAGGCUAAGGAAAGGGGGGAAGUGAUGUGGAGAGAAGAUACGGGUAGAUUCUGGAGGAAAAUCAUUUUUGGGUGUUUAUUUUUUUUUUCUUUGUGAGCGAGAUUGGUUGAUAAUGGUUUGCAGAUGUAAGGAUAGGUAAGGUAUAUAUCUGUUUGGAAGUGUACAUGCAUAGAUCGGGGUUGUAGGUAAUCAAGUUGUUGGUUGCAGUUGGUUUCAAACUUCGUUAGACGUUGCUCAAGUUACGGUUUCCCUUGGUCCAGCUGUGUAUUUUCUAGCCAUGGUCAUACUAUUGCACGGCUCUGUCAUUACAAGAUACUGCAUUCCACGCGAGUUGCAAG